CACCUGCAAAACACUGGAGCGAUAUCAACGUACUUGCUACAGUUCUCAAGCUACUAAUCCCAUCGAUCGUGAAACACAGAGCUGGUAUCAAGAAGUAUCCAAACUGAAGGCAAAGUUCGAUUCAUUACAACGCUCCCACAGGAAUUUACUUGGAGAGGACCUUGGACCCUUGAACGUAAAGGAAUUACAGCAGUUGGAGCGGCAACUUGAAUCUGCUUUAUCACAGGCCAGGCAAAGAAAGACACAAAUAAUGCUGGAUCAAAUGGAGGAGCUCCGUAAAAAGGAACGUCAACUUGGAGAGAUCAAUAAGCAGCUAAAAAUGAAGCUUGAGGCUGGUGGUGGCUCUCUUAGGCUUAUCCAAGGCUCAUGGGAUUCUGAUGCGGCGGUGGUUGAAGGCAAUGCGUUCCACAUGCACCCUUACCACUCGAAUUCAUUGGAAUGCGAGCCGACUCUACAUAUAGGGUAUCACCAGUUUGUUCCUCCAGAAACUGUAAUUCCCAGAACCCCAGGUGUAGAGAAUAAUAAUUUUAUGCUUGGAUGGAUGCUCUAA